CUCUUUUCGUUUUCUUCGUCGCACUGGUCCGUAUAUUGACACCCGUACACACGACAUCGACGACACCAUGGACAACCUCAACAACAGUGACGUCAGCAUGGGUGAUCUUCCCGAAACCAGUGUGAGCGUGGACGAAGGCCUUGAGUCCGGAAAUACCGUCUUCUUUACCGCAUACGAGAACGUCACGGAGCACAACGUUGACGUCAAUGAUGAGGUCGGCGGCGACGUCGACAUGGACGGCAACGCUGAGCCUGAGCACCCGGAAAUUGUGGAAGUCAAGGCCCUGCAUCGCGACGCUGAGGAGAAGCUUGCCACCAAGACGUACAAGGUUAACAGGAGCAUCACCCUGCUGCCCUCUCUCCACAGUAUCUACUUUCAUCCCAACGAGGCAGUCGUACCCCAAGCUCCUCUGGACCUCCAACUCGCCAGCUUCUUCAUCUUGUAUAACGACAUCGCUAUGGCCAACUUCCUCGCCGACAAGAGCUUGCCUCCGAUGGUCAAUCGGGCGAUUUUCUUCUAUGGUCUGGACAAGGGCCAUUCGUUCUCGCGGUUCUUCGACCAGAUCCGUUUCAAUAUCCUCCUGAUGGCCUUCGCGUGGGCGUCAAACUUCAAUCCGAAGUACUGCAAAGAGGGGUACGAGGAGUUUGUCAAGUACUUUCUGCGCGCCUGGAUCGAGUCACUGGUCUUCAAGUACGACCCUUCGCAGAACAACUUCACCCAACGCGAAGCCUUCAUCGCCCUAUGGCAGGCCUCGCCCUUUGACUUUCACUUUUUUAGUGCGAGGCGAAGCAAGACGGUAAACAAGCUCGUCAACAUACUCAAGGCCCAGGCCGCAUUCCUCCCGAACAUUCCGAAACCAGACGACUUCAUGCGGGCCGUGCGCAAAGGCCAGCUGAACGAAGGCAUCUUUGAGAAAUUCGGUGCGGCGAUGACGUUGCAGUGGCUGAUUGGUCUGAACGAGAAGUACGAGAAGCGGCAACAGAAGAUUGACGACAAAGAAGAGGUCGUCCAGACGAACUUGGACCUUAGGCGAACUAAGAUUGCUGCGGGCAAUCUUGCGGCGGCCCACCAUUUCGGCUAUUUUUCCAAGGACUAUCAGAUGGCUGACGAUUUCGACCCCUUUGAUGAGGAGGACUUGAUGCAUCCAGGCAUGUCCAAGGUUGAUCGGAAUGAAGAGCUCCUGGCGGCCUUGCUCCUCCCCAUCGACAGGAAUCUCAAGCAUCCAAGCGAGGUGAAAGAGAAGGAGCAUCGCGUGGUUGAUGAGACGAGCUUCUGGGCGUCUCAUGAGCAGGUUCAGGCUAUCCUCCAGGAGGAUGUAGAGAAGCAGGAUUCCAGCCGGGCUCUGGCUGAACUGACGGUGUUGAUGAACACCACGGUGAUGGAGCCGACAGCUGAGUAG